AUGUCCGUUACAAUGCUAGCCGGCUUCCCCACCUCGCCCAUCAACCCGCACCUCGGGAUUUCCCCUUCAGGCUCUGUGCUGCCUGGUGCCGCCCUCCUGCUGUGUGAUGACGUGGCAGCGGAAGGAAGCUUCCUGCUGCUGCACCUCCUCAAGUCGCAUCUGCUCUCCCCACCCCCCCAGGGGGGAGGGGUGGGGGAGAGGCGGGGGGAGAGCCAGGGGGAAGGAGGGUGCAGGGGAGGCGGGGAGGGGUGUGUGAGGACGGUGUGUCUGGUUGCAUUGGCGCACCCUCCCUCUCAUUACAGUCACGUUGCCAGGAGAAUGUCGCCUCACAACUCGCCCCACUGUGCAAAUGCCAACCCCCUCCGCGCCCUCUACUCCUCCAUCUGCGCUGCUGUCAGUUCAAUUGGCUGCCCCCUCCACCCCUCUCAACCAGCUCAUACCCCUUCUCACCACACUCAACCCCCUUCCAACCCUGCUGAACCCCCUUCUCACACCACUUCCCAUGCCACAUCUCAACCUGCUGCUGCUGCUGCUGCUGCUGCUGGUUCUGGUGCUGGAGCUGCCACGUCACCAUCACCAUCUGGAGCUGCUGACGUGGCACCCCCAGCUCGGUGCGGUGGCCAGCUGUGCGUCGUGAUUGAUGACGUGUCGCUGCUGGAGACCUGUGCGGGUGGCGAUUCUCGGCUGCUUAUGGACUUCCUGUCUGCGUGCCGUGGCCUGUGCACUAAGCACCAUAGAACUGCCCUCGUGCUUCUCACCCAUUCAGCCGUCCAUCCAACCACCUUCACCUUCGCUGCAACCCCACCACCGCCACUGCCCACCCUUCUCUCAUCCUCCUCUUCCUCUCCUCCUCUCCUGCCCUGGCUUCUCCAUUUCUCUGAUGUGCUCGUGCUGCUGAGACCGCUCACAUCAGGCCAUGCCUCGGACGUUCAUGGGCAGGCCAUGCAUCAGACGUCCAUGGAAGGUAAGAGUCUUCGCCCUCAUCUGAUCCUUCCCCCUCUCGCCACUCCUUCCUUCCUAACCUGGUUGCUCCACCUCCCUGACGUGCUCGUGCUGCUGAGACCGCUCACAUCAGGCCAUGCCUCUGAUGUUCACGGGCAGGUAAGGUCGCUCCGAUCUUCCUUUUCACCCUCCCCGAUCGCCUCACCCCCUCUCCUGCUUUGGCUACUCCACUUCUCUGACGUGCUCGUGCUGCUGAGACCACUCACAACAGGCCAUGCCUCAGAUGUUCACGGGCUGACAGCAUCCGUGCCAAUGGGACGGCUAACAGGGGGAGGGCGAUACGUGAAGGGGGUGACACUUGGGAAGGGAACGUUUGGAGUCGUGUUCAAGGCAUACGACACCCACACGGGCAAGACGGUCGCAAUAAAGAAGAUUCAUCUGGGCGACUGCAAGGAGGGCGUGAACGUGACGGCUCUGCGGGAGAUCAAGCUGCUGCAGGAGCUGCACCACCCGCACAUCAUCGAUCUCAUUGACAUCUAUCCUCACAAGAGGAACCUCAAUCUGGUUCUUGAGUUCAUGGAAACAGACUUAGAGAACAUUAUCAAGGACUGUUCGCUGUACCUAUCCCCAGCCGACAUCAAGGCGUUUAUGCGCAUGACACUAGAGGGGCUAGCAUACCUCCACGGCAAAUGGGUGCUGCACAGGGACAUGAAGCCCAACAACCUGCUCAUCGGCCCAACAGGCGAGCUCAAGAUUGCUGAUUUCGGUUUCGCUCGCCUCUUCGGCAGCCCCGACCGCAAGCUCACCCACCAGGUCUUCGCGCUGUGGUACCAGGGCCCCCCCUUUCCUGCCCCUUCUUCCCCACCCGAUCCUUCCCUUCCCAACCCUUCCCACCCUUUCCCACCCAACCCCACCGUUCCCCACACCUUCCCAAUCUAUCCAAGCAGAGAUAUGAAGCCCAACAACCUCCUGAUCGGCCCAACAGGCGAGCUCAAGAUUGCUGAUUUCGGUUUCGCUCGCCUCUUCGGCAGCCCCGACCGCAAGCUCACCCACCAGGUCUUCGCUCUCUGGUACCGGGCCCCAGAGCUGCUGUUCGGCAGCAAGGCGUACGGAUCAGGCGUGGACGUGUGGGGCGCUGGCUGCGUGUUUGCAGAGCUGCUGCUUAGACGGCCCUUCUUACAGGGAUCAAGCGACAUCGAUCAACUGGGUAAAAUUUUUGCUGCCCUGGGCACGCCGCGGGAGGACCAAUGGCCGGACAUGCAGUGCCUGCCCGACUACGUGCAUUUCAACUUCUGCCCGGCGCCGCCCCUCAAGUCGCACUUCCCCAUGGCUGGCGAUGAUGCCUUAGACCUGCUCUCCCGCAUGCUCACUUUUGACCCCAAUAAGCGCAUCACUGCUGCUCAAGCUUUACAGCACCGCUACUUCCUCCUCGGUCCACCAGCCACCAAGCCCAAGGACCUGCCUCGCCCGCCCCCAAAGCCCUCUGCCAGCGACUUCCCUCCCGGCUCCAUCCCUGUCGGCCUGGCCCCUCUCGCCCCAGAUGCAGCAGCUGCUGCUCUUGAUGCUGCCAACGGUGCUGCUGCUGGUGCUGGUGGUGAUGCGAAACGGGAAGGGACGGCUGGGUCGGUUCUGCCACCCAGACCAAAGCUAAACAGAGAUGACAGGCUCGCGUUGCGCAAGCUCGCCGUUCACCUGCCAGCGGCCGUGACGGCGGAUUUCGUUAUCCCCAGCCUCGCCUCAAUUUUCGGGCAUAGCCUGCUCGGCUCACGCGAGGCGCUUUCGACAGACGUGCGCGAAGACACGAAUGUGAGAGCGAUCCGUUAUAAGAUGCGCGCUCUCAUGGAGGUAAACGAGGAGCCGCCGCAUGCGGGGGCUGUUCACGAUAUGGCGGCGGACGCCAUGCUCUCCGCGCUGCGGGGGGAAGGCGCGGAUGCUGACGUGGCAGCGGAGAAUACGAGGAGGAUGCUGAAGAGGGAGAAGGAAGAGAGGAAGGAUGAGGGGCAUGAUUGGAGGGAUGAGGAGAAUAAGAGGAAGGAUGAGGAGAAUAAGAGGAAGGAUGAGGAGAAUAAGAGGAAGGAUGAGGAGAAUAAGAGGAAGGAUGAGGAGAAUAGGAGGAAAGACGAGGAGAAUAAGAGGAAGGACGAGGAGAAUAGGACGAAGGACGAGGAGAAUAGGAGGAAGGCCGAGGAGAAUGGGAGGAAGGAUGAAGAGAGCAAGAGGAAGGACGAGGAGAAUAAGAGGAAGGACGAGGAGAAUAAGAGGAAGGACGAGGAGAAUAAGAGGAAGGACGAGGAGAAUAAGAGGAAGGACGAGGAGAAUAAGAGGAAGGACGAGGAGAAUAAGAGGAAGGACGAGGAGAAUAAGAGGAAGGACGAGGAGAAUAAGAGGAAGGACGAGGAGAAUAAGAGGAAGGACGAGGAGAAUAAGAGGAAGGACGAGGAGAAUAAGAGGAAGGACGAGGAGAACAAGAGGAAGGACGAGGAGAAUAAGAGGAACUAG